AUGCGUAAUGAGCCUCUUGCAUUUCCACAUUCUUUAUGGUUUGGAGCUCUUGAUAUUACACAAGACUUAAUUGCAAAAACUCAAAGAGAUUCAACAUUAGGUAUUUGUUAUUAUUUAGCAUUAGAAUCUUUGCAAAAAGCACCUUUAUCUUUUAUCCGUUUUAAAGCUAUAGAAAAAGAAAAGGCUAUUACAACAUUUCCUCAUACUAUAACUCCAAGUGAUGAUUCAAUUUCAGAUAUUGUUUCUACAGAAUUAUCUUGUCCAGUAACCUAUCAAAUCCCCAACAAUUUUCAAAUUUUACCUUGUGAACAUUUAAUUAGUCCUGAGGCAUUGCAACAAAUUAUUAAUAAAACAUCACAACCAACCUGUCCAUUGUGUCGAAAAAUAAUUGAUUUAAAUUCUGUAAUCAAUUUGCCACAGUCAACAAUUUGUCAAGGAAUUCGUAAUCAUUUGCCUGAAGAUAAUAAUAAUAAUGUUGCUCAAGACCACAAUAAAAAUACUUCUGAUGAAAGUAGUGACGAAGAAGAAAUAAAUAUCUCUAAACUCAAAUCUCAACAAAAAUUUAAGAUAUCUGAUUCAACGCUUGAAACAACUAUUAAUGCACUUACAGAAAUUCUUGAAGAAUAUCCCACAAGCUAUUCAUUAAAAUGUUAUCGAGCCAAA